UGCCGCUGAAGGUAAUAAAAAGAGAGGGUAUAUGGUCCUCAACUGUAAAUACUUUAUUUAUGUAUCGUUUGAAUCCAAAGUAUGGACACCUGUACACUUGUUCCAUUUAUUUAAUACCCUCUUAUUUUUCAAAAUGUGUCUUAUCUGCAUAGAAACACAGAAUCUAACAGGUGAUUCAGAAUUCUUCCUCCUGGGACUCUCAGAUGAUCCAGAACUGCAGCCUCUUCUGUUUGGGCUGUUCCUGUCCAUGUACCUGGUGACCAUGCUCGGGAACCUACUUAUUAUCCUGGCUGUCAUCUCUGACUCUCACCUCCACACACCUAUGUACUUCUUCCUUUCCAACUUGUCCUUGGCUGACAUCAGUUUCAGUACCACUUCAGUUCCUAAGAUGCUGCGGAACCUCCAGACUCACAACAAGUCCAUCACCUAUGCAGGCUGCCUAACUCAGGCUACCUGUUAUUCUCUUUUUGGAUGUUUAGACAGUCUACUCCUGGCUGUGAUGGCCUAUGACCGUUUGGUGGCCAUUUGUCAGCCCCUACACUACCUGGUCAUCAUGAGCCCUCGCCUCUGUGGCUUGUUGGUCCUGCUGUCAUUUUUCAUCAGCCUUUUGGACUCCCAGCUGCACUACUUGAUGGUGUCACAACUUAGCUUCUGUGCAGAUGUGGAAAUCCCUCAUUUUUUUUGUGAGCCUUCUCAACUCUUCAACCUUGCCUGUUCUGACACCUCUACCAAUGACAUAUUGAUCUACUUUAUUGGCGCCAUCUUUGGUGGUGUCCCACUCUCAUGGAUUCUUUUCUCUUACUAUAGAAUUGUGUCCUCCAUUCUGAGAAUGCCAUCAUCAGGUUCAAAAUAUAAAGCCUUCUCCACCUGUGGCUCUCACUUGUCAGUUGUUUGCUUAUUUUAUGGGACAGGCCUUGGUGUGUACCUCAGUUCAGCUGUCUCAUCUUCCCUGAAGAAAGAUGCAGUGGCCUCAGUGAUAUACACUGUGGUCAACCCCAUGCUGAACCCCUUCAUUUACAGCCUAAGGAACAGGGACAUCAAGAAUGCCCUAUGGAGGAUGGUCAGAAGAAUAGUCUGAUCUCUAUACCUGUGCUAUCAUUUUUGUUCUUAGACUGGAAAAAGCAGAAAAUCAAACAAUAGGAAAUUCUGAAGAUUGCCUUGCCAGUGUUGCUCAGUGGUUGAGUGUUGACCUUUGAAUCAGAAGGUCACAGUUCGAUUCCCAGUUGAAGCAUGUGUCU